AUGACUUCUAUUGGUACUGGUUAUGAUUUAUCGAAUUCUGUCUUUUCCCCUGAUGGAAGAAACUUUCAGGUGGAAUAUGCCUCCAAAGCGGUGGAAAAUGCAGGAACAUCGAUUGGUAUAAAAUGCAAGGAUGGUGUCAUUCUGGCUACUGAGAAAAUAAUUACAUCUAAACUUUUGGUUCCAGGUAAAAACAAGAGAAUACAAUCCAUUGAUAGACACGUAGGCGUUGUAUAUUCUGGCUUGAUACCAGAUGGAAGACAUUUGGUUAACAGAGGUAGAGAUGAAGCACAAAGUUUUAAAUCGUUAUACAAGGAACCAAUGGGAUUGGAAGGACUUAUAAGUAGAUUAGGUUAUUACGUUCAAGCGUAUACCUGUUAUAACUCCGUGAGACCGUUUGGUAUAAACGCAAUUAUCGGUGGUGUCGAUGAUGAUGGGGCGCACUUAUAUAUGCUUGAACCAAGUGGUGUAUACUGGGGAUACCUAGGUGCUGCUACUGGUAAAGGUAGACAGGCAGCUAAGGCAGAGUUGGAGAAGUUGGAUCUGCCAAAUAUUUCUGCUAGGCAGGCUGUCAAAGAAGCAGCAAGGAUUAUACAUCUCGUUCAUGAAGACAACAAGGAUAAAGAUUACGAGCUAGAAAUCACAUGGGUGAGUAAGUCUGAAACCAACGGUCUCCACAAGUUUGUUCCGGAAGAGCUACUUGAUGAAGCAAAGAAGUUUGCAGAACAAGCUGCCGAAGGCGGAAGUGAUAGUGACAGUGAUAGUGAUAGUAGCAGCGAUGAAGAAAUGGAGAAAUAG